AUGCGGAGGAGUAGCGGUGGUAGCUGUACGCGAAGGAGCGUCGGCGGCGGCGGCGGCAUGCGGAGGAGCAGCGGCAGUAGCGGUCCGCGAAAGAGCGGCGGCGGCGGCAGUGGCAUGAUGCGGAGGAGCAGCGGUGGAAACGACCUCCGUAAAAUUUUAACUAAUGAUCCUUUAAAAGAAAUGACUUUGUGUAGUGGAUCUUCCAUUCUUUACAAAAACUGUACUGUUCAUACCGUAAUCAACUUUUUUAUACACGAAAACUAUAAUAAUACGAUCAAUGACUAUGAUGUCGCUGUUCUUCAAGUGAAAAAAUUUACAUAUGAUAAACAUACAAAAGCGGUUGCCUUGGCAUCAAACAGAUACGUUCGUAGGAAAUGGGGUAUAAUCUGCGGUUGGGGAUACUAUCAGAAAUUCAACGGUACUAUCAUGCCAGUUCUAUCGAAAAAUCUGCAAUGCGCAACAGUACCGCUAAUAAAUAAUACGAUAUGCCAGAAAGAUUAUGCAAAUAGAUAUAUAGUGACACCUCGGAUGACAUGUUAUGGAUUCCAGGAAGGAGGCAUAGAUGCUUGUCAAGGUGAUUCUGGAGGGGCAUUAGUGAAUAUUGAAAAUGUUCUCCUCGGUAUAACUUCGUGGGGAGACGGUUGUGCUGAUAAGUAUUCGCCUGGUGUAUACACAGAUAUGAUAUUACUUCGACAUUGGAUUAGAAAUAAAACCGAAAUAAGUGCUUAAGAAAUUUAUUAUCGUAAUGUAUCAAUACAACUUGUUAAAAUAUAAUCAAAUCUAUGUUUAAUUUAUGUCAUAU